UCGAAGACAAAAUGAACAACAUUCUAAUGUUUCUAAUGUAGGAUGCUAGAAGCAUAGGUAUUUGGAGAAGGCAUCAGCGAGUGCAAUAGGAUUACUGAGUAACUAGUUUCCCCUCAGACCCUGUAAGAGGGAGAGAAAAAGGAGAAAACAGAAACAGCUUAACUCACCAAAAAUCAAACCACUGCAUUGCCCUCUUAGCCACUGAGUGUUUUGGGAUGUAAGACCGAAGAUUACAUCAGUACAAUAAAGGUUCCCUGCUCUCUCUACAACCACAAGCUGUACACUAUGCCAAAAAAAAAAAAAAAAAAAAAAGUGCGGCUUUACCCCAGCAUCAGAGCCAGUAGAAGUCAGAACAGGUAGAGAGGUGUAGAGAACAGGGAGAGAGAAGGAAGGGUUAAAGGCAUUAUCGCAGCCAUUAGAGGGAAAAGUUGAAGCAAUACAAGCACAGUAGACUUCUCUUUCUCCCCCCCUCCCCCUUUUCUUUCCCCCACUCCCCUCUUCCCAAGCUGGAUCAGUGUAUAGGGAGGGCAGUCAUCACGCCAUCCUGAGCAGCAAGAGCUGACGUUGGACGAAGCUGCCAGGUAGCUGAAAAAAGGCACAGAAGGCAGCUGAUACCCACUUUUCAACGUUUUUUUUUUUUUAGUCUGAAUCUGGACUUCAAGCAACACAGCGCCUGAGACAGCUCAUCUGAACCACACUGUAUUGCAAUACUCGCUCUUCCCAAAGAAAAAGACUCCACUGAGUAGCAGAAUGCUGCCAGUGUCGCAGCCAGGGCUACAAUACAGAGCCUUUUUGUAACAUUUUAAAAUCUCUUUCUGUUCACAUAUUUAGAGACACAGACAUACAUUCAUAUAUCAAUUCUUCCUUUUUUGAGGGCACCUUUGGCUUUUGUUACCCUGAUGUGACUUCUUCUUCGUCUUGGAAUGAUGGGGAUCUUUUUAGCUUAUGUUGGAUUCAUUUUCUUUUCAGUUAUGUAUAUUCAACAAGGACUUUCUACCCAAGCAAAAUUCACUGAGUUUCCCCGAAAUGUCACGGCCACUGAAGGGCAGAAUGUGGAGAUGUCUUGUGCUUUCCAAAGUGGCUCUGCUUCGGUGUACCUCGAAAUCCAGUGGUGGUUUCUGCGGGCCACUGAGGACCAAGAGGCUGGAGCUGAGGUGACAGGCACCCAGGUGGAGCUGCUGCCCGAGCGGGACCUGGACAGCGACGGCACCAAGAUCAGCACAGUGAAAGUACAAGGGAAUGACAUCUCCCACAAGCUGCAGAUCUCAAAAGUGAGGAAAAAGGAUGAAGGCUUGUAUGAGUGCAGGGUGACCGAUGCCAACUAUGGAGACCUUCAGGAAUACAAGGCCCAGGCAUUUCUCAAAGUCAACGCUAACAGCCACUCUCGGCGAAUGCAAGCCUUUGAGGCAUCUCCAAUGUGGUUGCAAGAUAUGAAACCUCGCAAAAACAUCUCAGCAGCUGUUCCAAGUAGCAUCCAUAACUCUGCCAAUCAGCGUGUGCGCGCCACCUCCAGCCCUGAAGCAGCAGCCAAAAUCCCCAAACAAAGUCCACAAUCAGGUGCGAGGAUAGCUACAAGCCAUGGACUUUCUGUCCUGCUUCUUGUUUGUGGCUUUGUGAAGGGUGCUUUGCUUUAAUCUAAAAGUGCUGACUUUUUCCAAUAUCACUUUCUCUUCUUAAAGCAAAGAGCAAAUCGCCUGUAAAAUCCACGGAGCGGACAGCAAAGUUGACCCUAACCUCCAACCACCACUCUGCACCCAAUGUACUCUAAAUCUCUACACAAGGAGCACCUUCUUCAGGAAGUACAAACAAAAAUACUAAAUAAAUAAAUAAAUAAAUAAAUAAAUAUUAUAAAAAGAAGAGGAUACUACAUGUUUUCUUGAUAUAUCUUAUUUUCUUUGGCGUACCACUGAUCUUUUAUUUGAAGAGAACUGGUGUGAUGUAAUCAAAUGUUUUGUAACAGCAAGACCUAGUUUCCUUUUCUUUUGGCAAGGAGAAGCCUCAUCCUUGACUUCUCAGGGGUUGGCCUGCGAGUUAUGAGUAUUACAGAAUUAACCAUGGAUGACAUUUGGUUUCCUACGCUGAAAGAACCAUUCCAUCCUGGAAGCAAACAGAGGCAAAAUAAUGAAACAAAACAUAGCAAUUUAAUAUCAACCCCAAUAAAACACCCCACAAACUUUAUGAAAAAAACUUUUUUUUUUUUUUUCAUGAGGAAUAGGGAGGAGAAAAUAAAUUCUUCAAAGCAGCUAAGCAGACUAGAGGACAUUGCUGCUGGAAAACAAACAGAUGAGGAUAUUUUUCUUUUGAGUUGUUUGGAAUUUUUUAUUAUUCUUUUUCCCCUGUGGGGUUUUUUCUUGUCUUUUUUUGUUUGUUUCUUGUUCAAUGGUGGCAAUUCCUGACUUAGGCCAACCCCUGAUGACUGCGUGGAGGUUUAUAUAUAUAUAUACACACCUUUUUUUUUUUUUUGUCUGUGCGUUCUAUAUUUCAGUGUGUUUUCUCUAAUUUUGCAACUCCUGUAUAUGCAAAACUAACUUAAAUUCUGUAAAUUGCUUACGGUCUGUGUGAUAUAACUUCAGAGUAGACAUAUUUUGGUCUUCAUGCAAGCCAGUUUUUAAUAUUAUCUAUAUGUCGUGCCACCUAGACAUCUUUAUUUCCUUUUUUGACAAAACAUCACUUUUUAGUUUGUAAUUCAGUACUGUGUGGAUUUUGUAAUACAUACCUUCAUUUCCACUGGUUUGACCCCUUUCAGCCCUCUGUUUACUCUGUAAAUGCACAUUAAAAUUUGUUAUGGUCUCUAGACAAUGAAUUAUUUUAGUUUUGUGUAUGUUGUGUUGGACUUCAGUUGCUGAAAGCUCUUUUAAUUUGUGAUGUUUAUAGAGGAUGAAGUGAUUUGAUCACUAGAGACUGUAAAAUGCAGGUUUGCAGUCAAAUACUGCAUGUAAAGGAAGGUUAGAAGGGAAAACAGACAAAUAAAACAACAUGGCUUAAAGGAUAUUCUUUUGGUAAAGGGUUUUAGGAAAGCGAAUUUAUUACACUGGUAAACUAUAUUCACAUCACAGCUCCUUCUACAUGGCCAAAGAAGCAUCUUUCUUUGCUUUUUCUGGAAGUGGAUUGUCAUUACUCAUUGAUAUUCUUAAUUAAAAUACUUUAUGUCUGUGAACUGAA